AUGGAAUCGCAUGUUGAGCAAAGUUACCUCAACGGCUUUGCUGGCACAUUCGCGACAUCGUCGAUGGAUGAGCAGAUGUACAUCAGGAGAUGUCUUCGAUGGCAAGAGAAAGAGCUCAGAUACUUGUGUGUACUCCAUAUCAAUUCAAGCCAUUCAGGUUCCAAAGGAGUCUCAAAUAACGGGAAAGAAGUGCACAGUUUUUUGCCGAACGAAUGCGAAGAAGAAAUGACGCAUUGUUUCGAAUCGUACUCGGACGAUAUGUCCCAAAUCACCGCCUCUUGUCAGUCAAUGAACACUGAACAACGACUGCUCGAUGUCUAUCUAUGUAAUUUACCACCAGAAGAAAAGAAAAAGGUAGAAGAACAAGUUGAUAACAGCGAAGACAAGGAAAGUGAAUCGAUUGACGAGGAUGACCGAAACUCCACGUUACAUGGUGAAGAGGAGGAACUCCUACCGAUAACGCUGGACGAACUGCUCAAACUAAACUACCACCACAACUGCAUCCGCCACCGCACGCUUUAUAGAAAUUAUGCACACAUCCAAUAA